CCAGGUUUAGUGCAUGGAAUGUGCUAUAAACUACAUUUCCCUACACCCUCUGCUGGUAGAGAGAGGGCUGAACUUCCUGCCUGAGUUACAUGUUAGUGCUCUGUAGAGCAGGUCACAGAAUGCAAGCAGUCAGAGCCAUGACAAGUAGGUCACAUUAUUUAUGUUCAUGUGUUACUCCUGUUCAAGCUAUUUGUAAUAAGUGUGAUAUAUGCAUUUGCUUUGCAUUUCACCUUAUCUUCAGUCUAUUUUAAUAUUAUUUGCAGGACCUCUAGCAAGCACACACCACUAGCAAAGUGUAUGUAGUCAGAUAGUUAUAAACAUAAAGUAAACUAAACAAUUCAGGGUGGGAAUUGUGUAUUGCAUAGAUAAUCUCUAUAUAUUUCAGUGUGUUCCUUUAUAUUAGAUUAACCCCUUAAGGAUACAGCUUCAGAAAGAAAAGGCUGGCAUGAUUAAACAUUUCCAUCAUGUGUCCUUAUGGGGGUUAAUGAAUACCUUCAAACCAAUGAUUGGCAGACUCCUGCAGCCUUAUAUUCCUGGUGACGUUAGUCUAAUCGGAUGCUUCUCUGAGAAGACCUGGCACAGCUGGUACAAUCUGCCAACCCAGUGCUUUUCCAUGGAAAGCAUGAGAGCUUGUGGUUCUCACAGAGAAGCAUUGGGGACACACAAUAUCCAGCAUCAGUGUUCUUUGCAUGCUGGUUAAAAAAAUUAACUAAUCAUUUGUGUUGGAAGCCCCUAGUAGGUUUAGAAAUUGCAGAAUUUAAUCAGUGUAGUUUCUCACAAAAUAAUCAUGCUGUGCCUGACGACACUGAUAGUGAAGGUGUUAAAUAAUUUUAUAAUCUUCAAUAUGGAAGCAUCUCUAGUGCGGUCAGACUGACAGUCACUGGAGACUUUUUCAUGGCUUAAUGUAAACAUUGCCAUUUCUCUGAUGCUCUACAUUGAGACAAUGCAAGAUUAAAGGGAAACUGUGGUGCCAGAAAAAACAAAGUUGUUUUCCUGGCACUAUAGCUCCCUAUAGUGCCCCCCAAUGUCAAGCCCCUCUUCCCCCGUGCUGGUGGGGGGAGACCUAAUGCGCAUGGAAAGUUCCGUGCUCACAAUAAUACUUCCCCUGUAGGAAAGCAUUAGACCAUGCUUUCCUAUGGGGUUUCCAGUGAUACUGGUUGUCCUUAAUGCAUAGCGUGAACAUGCCUAGCAUCAGUUAGGCGAUCAAAAGUAGUCUACAUCCCUCUAGUGUCUCUCCACUAGAGUUAGAGUUAACCAACAAGGGUAAUUUUAUUGCAGUUUAUUAAAAACUGCAAUAAUUGCCACGGCAGGGUUAAGGGACCUGGCAAUAUGCACCCACACCACUUCAAUGAGCUGAAGUGGUCUGGGAGCCUAUAGUGUCCCUUUAAGGACUAUGUACCAAAAACAAACUUAAAGGGUUACUCCUCCCACCAUUGCCAGGCCUGCUAUUAGAAGACAUCAUUGUAGUCAGUGUCUGAAUGUACAGCAUUUCUGCUUAAAGCCAUGCACAUAUAGAGACAUAUUCACCUAUGUGCUGGGGGCUAGUUACACCCCAAGCACACGCUCAUGGUACAGAGUUCUGAAACGCCUAAUAGUAAUUCUGUGCAAAAUGUCCGUCUGCUGUCAGCACACUGACGAAAGACGUAAUCAGCUUCUCCCUAGCAUGCAGCGAGCAUGCAAAGGGAAACCUUGCUCUCCUCUCCUUCACUCCAGCUGACCCACCCCGCUACUCUGCAUUCAUUGAAAUAGUUUUUUAAAAGUCCUUAUACCAUCUUUCCGUCCGCCUUCCCCAGCUCAGGGCAUGUGCCCUGAUCCUGGAGAAUGGUCCAAUCUAAUGUAAUUGAAACAGGGCAUGGAAUCCAGUGAAGAGAGCUUCAAUCGCUCUGGAUACUAGGUACCUUUUACCUAAUUUUACAUGUUUUUUUACAGCGAAGGACCUUAUUACUAAUACCCUACUGGACAUUCAAAAUUUAAAAAAAAAGGUUUUUUUUUGGUUUUUUUUUUUAUAAAGUGUUAGAGUAAUUUUUUUCUUUUCUUUUCAAUCUUUGUUUUAUUGAGGUAUCAAUAAGUAUGGUACAGAAAGGAAGAAUUAUGUCAUGUCAGCGACCUCAAAAUAAAAUCGAAUGUAGAAUUUACAUAUCUCCUAGAGUGACCUGCCUCAUUUUUGGAAAGUAAGGCAUACAUGAUAUAAUAAGAUGCGUAGAGAAACGUUGAAGUAACUUUAAUACACUGGGUUUUCCUGACUAGGAAGGUAGUCCACCUGGACUCACUAACUGUAAAUUUCCUGCGAUAGGAAACCGCAUUAAAUGAAUACGGUAGGCCUGGGUUAGUGCUGGCCACAGUACGAAUGUACAUAAACUAGGCGGUCAUCUGGUGACAUGUAGUGGGGUGAACUGUACGUUUAGUAGGUCGGGCUAGGCAUGUUACUGAAGCGUCGGAUACGUGGAGCGUUUCUGGGGACCCAAACAAACAGGAACAGGGUAAACCUGAGUGAAAUAUUCAUAAUAUAUAAAGUGAAGUGCUGGAUUGAAAGAUUUUAACAUAAAGAUUUAAAUGAUAAUGAAGUUUCAAUGUUUUCUGCACGUCCUUCAGAUUAGCCUCUGCUGCAAUGAGCGCUGCCAAACAAAGGAAGCAGUCGAAGAGCUUUCAGUCGAUCCUAAAAUUCUCAUUAAAUGAAAAAGUGCUUUCUGUAUCCCCGAAACUCCUACAAAGCAGGGAAUAUUGGGAUAUGUAGUUUCAGUAGCAGCAACAGCUUCAUUCUUGAAAAUAUAUGAAUGAAACAAGAGCACAAAAUGAAAAAUACUGUAUAGCUUUUAUCAGCUUAGUAAUGGUGCCAUUCAUGUUAUUAGCAUUACAGGAGCAGUUUUUGUAACCUGCACGUUAUUGAGAAGCAGAAUGAGAGAAAUUUUAUUUUUCUGAAAUAAAAUAAUUUUAAUCCCGUUUAAACUUUGGUCUAACAUACCCAGCCAAACCUUUCAAAUAUUUAUUUUUAUUAUUGAGUAACCUGUUCUAAAAGGCAAAAUGGACUUUAGAGUUUUGGAAGGUAGAGUGUAUGUGCUGAUGGGUAAGAAGAAUUCAUGUAAAGAUUAUGCAAACUUAAAUAAAUCAUUCACGUGUUUUAAGGGGACACGCUAAGCAAUGCACCGACUACAGCUCAAUUUAUGACAAAAAUCUUCUCAACGUCUGGGGACUGCUUGGCUGAGAGAACUGUACUAACCUGUCCCCUUCAAUCUUAGACUGUCAAUGUCAAAUCUUGGUGGGACUUUAUUGAUAAUGCCAAAGAAAAGGGCAGGCUCCCGGUGUGGGAAAUAGAAGGGUUUAUUGCUUUUAAAUGGUAUUCAUAUUAAACUGGAAAAUAACACAUUGUGGACAACCUAACUGCUACAGCAAGCACCAACAUAUUUUGGAGAGCUGUACAAUAGGUGGACUAUCACAUAAGUAGUUGUAACCAGACAGGUUGGAUGUACAAGAACAGAAGGUCCUUCUCAAAUGAGCUUUCGUUCUAAUGGGAGUGGGGUAAAAUGGCAGAAGAAAUCAUGGUUAAACAGUCAUAUGUUUUUCGCUUUGUAUGUUUAUAAUGUUGAUGACUGCUCUAUACAUUUCCUAUCUCCAGAAUUCCGAUUAGCAGUAGUUCAGCUUUUUGUUACUUCGGACAAAUCCCAGAACCUAAAGAGAGCAAGCCAGUUAAUAAAAGAUGCCGCACAACAAGGAGCUCAUGUCGUAGCGCUGCCUGUGAGUAUCGUAUUUUUACAUUUAAAUGGUACCUAUCAUACCACUAUCAACUUGGCACAAAGUAAUUCCUCUUCAGAUUUCCUAUAUAACUUGUGCUAACAAGUGUAUAGUGUUCUCUAUAAAACAAUGCUAAGAUCUUGCUUUCCCUCCCUCCAGGCAGACAGGCUAUAGGCAUAGAGUCGAUGACAAUGACUGUCUCCAAGAAUAUACGCUAUCUGUCUGUUCUCAAACCUUUUGAAGCGUUUAACCUUUAAGGUGCAUAAUCAGAGAACUGCUAAGUACGGGGAAGCCAUGAGAAGCAGUCCUGAGAAAUAGGACAGGUUCACUUUAAACAUUUUGAAAUCGAACAAUUUCUACUCCCCAUGUUUUUGUCAUCAGUCCUAAAGCUCUGUGGUUUUCCCAUUGAAGGUUAGGAUAGUACGUUUUCUUCAAUACAUACAUUGGAGUUAUGUAUAAACAUUAGCAAAUUCACUUUCACAUUUGCUUAUUUACAAUACUUUGCCUUAUGUUGAAGACCUCUUUAUACAUUGGUGACUUGUUUUACCUUUCAGUCCAUCUUUCUGCCACUUUUUUUAUUACUGAAUUUUUUUAAAUUUAUUUUUUGUAAUUUUAUUUGCCCUCUUUGUCUCUUCCGUGUGAUUGUACCACUGAUUCACAAAAUAAGACAAUGGUUAUUAUUACACAUUAUUAACUGUUUAUCCUUAAACAAAAAAAGGAAAAUUGUAAAACCAGCUUUCUUGUCACGGAAAGUCGCCAGUCUGAGAAAAAGAAGGCAAUCUUUUGUAGUUUUUAUUUUAUUGACACUGUAAGCGACAAACUUGGGAACCAAAAAUUAAAAUAAGAGAAGAGGCUCAGUAAGGAAUAUUUUGUCACAAAUAAGGAAAUAAAUAAACACAAACAGGAAUAGUACCAGAAAAACGAGUGUGUUUUUAUGAGGUUUCCGAGUCUAUUUAGUAAUAAUGAAAAUGGUGUUGAUUUAAUAUUACAAUCUCCUGUAAUGCAUAGUGCCUGGUUCUUUAUUGUACUGUCAGCCUGUUUCUGGUUGUCACACACAUCCUUAUUUAUUUUUUAUUUUCUGAUCCUAGGAAUGCUUUAAUUCUCCGUAUGGGACUAAAUAUUUUGCUGAGUAUGCAGAGACGAUUCCAGGGCAAUCUACGCAGAUGCUGUCCCAAGUAGCUAAAGAAUGCAGCAUCUAUGUUGUCGGAGGUUUGUUUUUUUUCAUGCCUAGUGCUAAAUACAGAAAAUGUCACACGGCACUGUACUGUGUAAUAUUAUUUCCCUCUAGAUUCCACCAAUCCAGACUGGUUUUGAGUGAGAAGAUAAAAUGUGAAAGCCUAGCUUUACACAGUUACCGUUCUAUGUUGUUAUUGUUGCCAAAUCAAAUAUCACUGGAUUCCACCUAUCGAUCUUAUGGUUUACUAUGAAAUACCUAUUGUCAGAAGGAAUCAGACAGUGACACAGAUAUAUUCACUACUCUGUGAAUUGUGAGGAUUUGAAAGUGAAUAUCAAAUUCUAGGCCACAAUAGUUGAAUUUAAAAAAUUAUCAGUUUGGCUAUUUUGGACUAGACUUGUUAAAUCCGGACAAUACAGAUAUUUUGUUUUUGUUAACACUGUAUUUAUGUAAUGAACAUAAGCUUGAAUGUGAUAAUUAGUGUAAGAAAAUAAGCUGCCAUAUUUUAUUGCAAUGGUCAUCCAAUAUUAAUAACCUUACAAUCCAUUUGACCUUUAAUGAGCCAGGCGUUUAUUUUGAUUUAUGACACUUCUUUUUGGAACUAAAUUUGUUAAGGAACUUUCUUUUCAGGAAUGUGAAAAUAUAAAAACCGCAUGUCCUGUAUUUGCGAUCUUUGUUCCUGAAAUUAAUUCUUCCUUUCUACAGGUUCAAUCCCUGAGGAGGAUGCUGGGAAAUUGUACAAUACAUGCGCUGUGUUUGGUCCAGAUGGAAACUUGUUGGUAAAACACCGGAAGGUAAAUAAAUUGUUCUGUUGUAAAAUAAAAUAUAUACAAUCUUGCACAAAUGAAAUAUGUUCAGUGGAACCAUAGUAAGCCUAAUGGAGAGAUAUAUGUCUGGGCUUUCUACCAGCCAGGUCUUAACUAUGUCACUGCCACCUCAGCUAAUGCAUUGCCUGCUUAGAAGACAAAAUGUAAAUGUCCUUUCGGCUUUAUUAGUUUUGUAACCUGCGAGAAGCAGUCUUAGAAUCUGUUACUGUUAAUAUGGAGAAAUCAUGUUUGCUGAAUGUAUUCUUCUUAACAGAUUCACCUGUUUGAUAUCGAUGUUCCUGGGAAAAUCCGUUUUCAAGAAUCAGAAACCUUGAGUUGCGGAGACAGCUUCACAGUGUUUGAGACCCGUAAGAUCCUUUUAGUAAAACUCUCUAAUGCUUAUUCACUAAACAAUGAGAUGUCUGGAAUUCAAAAUACAUUUUAGGCGACAAUGGCCUAAUCAGAGAAAUUCUCUGAAGUCAACUAUGUUUCCAGUUUGUCUAAUUUGCUUUAACAAAAUGAAAUUCACAUUCAAUUCAAUGAAUAACCCUGUCUGUAUAGAAUGUGAAACCGGAUGACUAUUGUACAGAAAGUGUGGUGUAUUCACUAAACAGUGAUGUUUGGCAAACAAGCCAUCGGAAUUCCAGACAGAAUUCCUGUUUUACGUGGAUGGUGUGCAGCGUUGUACAGUAAAGUGGCUGCCAGAUUUUAUCCAUAUAGCUUCUCUCCCAACCAGGCAGAUGCAGUAGACACACUGGUCUCUGAAGCAUGUUAGAACCCACUGUACUCGAAGGUUUGUUGUUAAUUUAGUUAUGUGAGUGUAAAUUGUACACGACAAGCGUUUAAUGUUGGCGUUUUCUCAAAUGAGAUGGCGCAGAAUGGGAAAUAGGUGUUUUGUGGGUGAUUGUUGCCAUUUGUUCCAUAGUUGCACUUUAGAAAAGUGCCUAGUCUGCCUGAAUUUCGAGAAAUUCAGGCAUAUUCAUCAUCUCGUCUCUUCUAUACACACUGUGUUAUUGAAACCAGUGACAGAACGCCAAGCUUUUACCCAUUUAUGUAUCAGAGACAAGCCCAGUGAAUAGCUGUGGAGUUGGGUGGUCACAUUUCUGCCACUGCAAAGUUUAAAAUUUGUAUUUUCUGUUUGUUCCUGCUUCUCCAUUUGAAAAGCCUAAUGCCAAGCUGUUUUAAAGAAUCUGUUUUGCUUUCCGCAAUUGUGUCUUUUAAACCUAUUUCAUUCAGCUUGUGAAUUAUCGCUAACUUUUAUAUUUAUGUGAUUUAAACAGCUUACUGCAAAAUAGGAGUGGGGAUCUGUUAUGACAUGAGAUUUGCUGAACUUGCCCAAAUAUACGCAAGAAAAGGUACAAAUUUAGUCUUAUUCCGUUGAAGUAGAUUUAUGAGAAACAAAAAUGUAAAAAGACUUUAAGUAACAGCAGAUCUUCAUGUACUGGAACAAGUUCUAACAUUAGGUUGUCAUCUAAUCUUUUCCUAUUUUAUUAUUUAUUGAUAUAUUUUUGCCAGAAAAUAAAAUCUGCUGCUUCUCACAAGUUUUAUAUUAGUGAUUUUACCAUUAUAUAUGUAUUUUAGGGUUUUUAUGCUUUACAGUUUGAAUGGGGUUUCCACUUAAACUUGUAAUUGAAUUACUUGUAAAUUGAAAAACGGAGUAGCUGAUUUUGUUACUAUGUAACUGUAUUCCUUGUUUAUGUCUAUAAUCACUGUAAACAAUAUGUAGCCAUGACGAUGUAGAAUGCCAUACAUAUAGUAAUCAGAAGACUGUAACUAUUCACAUCAAAAAUUAGACAAGAUUUGUUAAAGGUAAACCAGUUACAGUCUCACUCUGACUAGCUGCACUUUGCCAAAUGGGAAAAUUUAGUGUAGUAAAGCAAAAUUGUUUUUAUAUAUAUAUAUUUUUUUUAUACUUUUUUUUUUUUUUUUCCCCAGGAAAUGUCAUAUUUAAUAAUUCUACUUGACUGCAUUGUUCUCUUAAUAUCAGACUGAAACAUUGCUUUGCUCUUUAUAGGAUGCAAGUUAUUGCUUUAUCCAGGAGCGUUUAAUAUGACAACAGGGCCAGCCCACUGGGAGCUGUUACAGAGAGCACGGUAAGUAUUAAUAAAGCUAGUUUCAUGUUUCAUGCCUUUCAGCACAGGAUACUAAUGCUUGUUUAUUGUCACUUUUCAGAGCUGUGGAUAAUCAGGUCUAUGUUGCAACUGUAUCUCCAGCACGAGAUGAAAAGGCUUCGUAUAUUGCAUGGGGACACAGCACUGUGGUUAGUCCAUGGUAAGCAAGACAGGGGCGUAUUCUUUUUGUGUGAACACGAUUGUUUAAUAUACAAAUCAACAUGCUAAUGAGCACCUUAAAUUAAAUGUAUGCUUUGUAUGAUUUAGCACAAAUACAGAGUUAUUUACUAAACUGUGCUUUAUUGGGAUAUUCAAAGUGAAUUUAAACUUUUAUGUUCAUAAUCAAAUUGGAAAUUUGACAAUUGUGAUCUAAAAUUGGAAAUUCACACAUACCUACCCAGAACUGCUACACUUCGGGCUUAAGGCAACCCUCACCCAGAGUUCCAGACGGAGGGACAAACACUCUCAAAUGAAGCCGGACAUGUGAUGAUGCUAGCUUUUACCGACAUAACCCACACUCCAGACCGGCUAUAUAGUAUUACACAUGCAAACACGCUCACACACUAUAUCACCCUGUCACUAGCAGAAUGCAAUCACACGCACCACAUGAAGCUCCUGAAAAGAACAAAACCUCUCAUAUCAAGCCACUCGUUUUCAAACACCUCUGCCCUAAUGUCACGGCAUUCCCAAAUGGCACAAAUUAUUAUACCCUGCCACAGUUUAUCCCUCUUGUAUAUACCCUAUCUGCCAAUAAUGUUGUUUUGUUGUCAGCAAGUUUGCGCUCUAAGCGAUGGUUUAACGUUCAGACACACCUGUCUAGCUUAACUCUCCACGUAUUACUAUGUUUUAAUAUGUCUAAUGUCAUACUAAACGACAAAGUGAUCCAUUAAGACAGUCGUAAUUAUCCAGCUUGUAUUUAGCUUGUAUUAUUAACUUAAAAAAUUGUGGAUUUCCCCCGAAUGCCAUAAAACUGUAAACGAAUACUUGUUCCCAAAAUGUUAGCGAAUAAUGUUGUUGCAUUGUUGACAUGCGUAUGUUAUUUCAUGCACAGCAAAAAUAAUUCAAAAAAAAUAUUUUUUUUUAAAUUUGAAUUUCUAAAAAAAAUCACUCUUUAGUAGAUACCUUGAUAGUAUAUAUCGUAUACUGUCUAGUGUAUGGAUUCUCAUAUAUUGUGUGAAUUGGUUGUUUUACCUGUGGUAUUUACUAUCCCUGUAACUCUUCAAUUCCUCUCUCUCUAGCAAUCUAUGGUCAUAAAAUAUCCCCAAUGAUCCUGUGAUUUUUGACUUUUGUUUUUUAAUAUCUAAUCUUUAUUUCAGAAAAUAUUUUAUAUAAAUACACAAUCACAAGACCAUACAAUGCAACAUAGACACAAUUAUGUGUUUAUAUAUGUAGCAUAGUGUUAUAUCAUUAUUUUAACACAUUGCUCAUAUUCACAAUUUAAAUAUUACAACACAUAAGAGACACAUCAACACAAAACAUCAUUUAAUAUUAUAAAGCUCUACUUCAUUAUUCCUGCGAGAGGGACCAGGAUAGCUAGGACUUCAAUAUAUCAUGUUGCCAAUCUGCUCUUGCGACGUGGGACAUGUGGCUGCCUCCGGUAAGUGACUGAAGGGGUUUUCACCCCUUCAGCAACCGGGGAGGGAGAGGAGACCUGCAGUGCCAGGAAAACAGAUUUGUUUUCCUGGCACUGGAGUUUCCCUUUAACAUCUCUUUCGGAAUGUCUCCAAAAUUCAUAAAAUAAUUAAAUCUGCAAGAGGUUCUACUAUAUAUUUUUUUUCAAAUAUUCGAAAGAAGCAAUUACUGAAGCCAUCCGGCCCAGGUGCCUUUUUUGUUCUUAAUUUUUUAAGGGCUAAACUUACUUUUGAGAGUUUGGUUUAUUUAAUUGUAUCAAUUGACCCUCUGAUAACCUAGGAAGCUUAAGUUGUAAAAAAAAAUCAGACAUCUUAACCACUUUAUCUCCUUCUGGCAAGUUCUAAAGUUCUAAAUAAAACUCUUGAAAUGCUUUGCCAAUUUUAUCAGGCAAAAGAAUAGUUUCCGUGUGCUUUUUGUCUUCUAAAGCAACCUAUUGGCUAAUUAAGUCUAUGCAUCGGUCAAUAAGAUUUAAAGGAACACUAUAGUAUCCCUGUCCCUUAGUUUAUAGGUCCCCCAACCAUAAAUGGGUUUUAAAAUGAUUUUACUGAUCUUUUUUCUCCAGAGUCGAGGCUCCAGUGAUGCUGACUAGACCUUCUUGCGACAGUACAGCGAUUACGGGACCUAAUGUGUGGCUAAGGCCACGCGCACAUUAAAGCUUUCUCAAAGAAAAGCGUUGAAUCCUUGCAUUCCUGUAGGGAAUUUGAAGAUGUUUGGUGUCUUCAUGCAAAGUGUGAGGAUGUCCAAUGAUGUUUAACGGAGUAAAACUCUACUACAGACCUAGAAACACCUCUAGUGGCUGUCUGGAACUCAGCCAUUAGUGGUGGAGUUAACCCUGUAAUGGAGUCAUUGAAGUUUUUCAGACUUCUAGUUUCUGUAAUGUGAUCAGUGUAGUUUCUCCGACUGGAGUUUCUCGGACCCUAGGCAGAAUUCUACAUUUUAAACCAGCUUUUAAAGAUGCUAUAUCUUAAUGGAAUGUUCCUUUCAUUACUGAAUGAAGGGCUAUAUAGAGCUGCAAAUAUGCCCAUAACAUCAUGGGGUCUUUGAGAUCAGAUUACGAUCUGAAAGAUUUUUCUUUUUGUGUUUUUGAUUAGCAAACGUAUCUUUGGUGCUACUGUUAUUUAUUCAUUAACAUAACUGAGCUAAAUUUGCAUGUUGUAGUGGUAUCAUUUUAGGUUUCUGUCAUAAUGUUUGUUUUUAUAUUACAGGGGAGAGGUUAUAGCAAAGGCGGGUACAGAGGAAUCUAUCACCUCUGCAGACAUCGGUACGAGAAUCCAUUUAUAUCCUGUUUUAUGCUAUUGAAGCGUCUCACCAGCGUCUUUUUUUUUUUUUUUUAAAUCCUGCAUGAUACGCUUUAACCUUUUGUCUCCUAAUCUCAAACUCCACCGUAGUUUUAAUUUUGUAAUACAAAAUUUUUAUAAUUAUUUAAAAAAGGCUUGCUGCGCCGCUGUUUAUGUGAAAUAUAAAGAUCUAACUUACAAAUCUAUGGGAGGACAGGGAUUUACUGAGAGAAAUCCGCAUUUUUAUAACUGUCUGACACAAGGUACAUGUAUAUGGCUGAAAGAUCCUGUCAUUUACUAAAGGUAGGGGUAUUUCUACAUUUCUAAAUAUACUUCAUAAAAAUAAAAAGUCUUGAUGAAAGGGUUAUUAUAUUAAAAUGGUUUUCAGAUGAAAGUUGUCCUUUAAGUACUAAUUUAACGUACUGAAUAACUGUUUAUUAUAAUUUUAUCUUACAGAUGUGCAAUAUCUCGAUGAGAUCCGACAACAAAUUCCUAUUACUAAACAACGUCGCCCUGAUCUGUACAAUGUAGAAGAAAAGAAGAAAUCAUAGUGUGUGCAUACAUUGUAAAAUAAAUGUAAAUCUAUCUGGGUCUUGUCUAGCAAUGUUACUGCAUAUUUUUUUUUAAGCAGGAUGUGUACUGGAGGCUUUCAGAUUCUCGUACUAUGGUUGAAGUACAUCAUAUUGCAUUCAUUGGAUUGAAAGACGUAUCAAAAUCUGGAAUGAGAGCAAAUUAUAGUAAUGAUAACAUGUUAUUUUAUGUUUAAACAUGUAAAAUCAGCUUGCUUCUAAUGAUUCAGUAGGCUUUGAAGCCUAGAUAUACUACAUGGCCUGAAGGAUCUGUGUCUCCUGUUAAACAUGGCAUUUGGCAAUUUCAACACCAGAUAUAGCUAACAAGGUCAGAAAAUUAAAGGGAUUCUAUUGUGCCAGGAAAACAAAGCAGUUUUCCAGGCACUGUAGAAUCCUGCAGUGUCCCCUUCAAACCUUUUCAGUCACUUACCUAAAUCCAGCGCCGAUGUCCCUCGUCAGGCUCCGCUCACGUUUCUACCCUGCCGACGGCAAGCAGGGUCAGAUAAUGGACCAUAGGUCCAUUUCAAUUCUGGAAGUCCCUCUAGUGGCUGUCUAGUAGACAGCCACUACAGGAGGAGUUAACCCAGAGGUAAUUAUUGCAGUUUCUCAGAAACAUUCAUUAUACACACUCUGCACUCACUACACACUCUGCACUCACUACAAACACACUGCAUUCAUUAUACACACUCUGCACUCACUACAAACACACUACAUUCACUACACACACUGCAUUCAUUAUACACACUCUGCACUCACUACAAACACACUGCAUUCAUUAUACACACUCUGCACUCACUACACACUCUGCACUCACUGCAAACACACUGCAUUCAUUAUACACACUCUGCACUCACUACAUUCACUACACACACUGCAUUCAUUAUACAUGCACUCACUACAAGCACAGUACAUUUAUUAUACACACUGCAUUCACUAUACACACUCUGCACUCAUUACAAACACACUGCAUUCACUAUACACACUCUGCACUCAUUACAAACACACUGCAUUCACUAUACACACUCUGCACUCAUUACAAACACACUGCAUUCACUAUACACACUCUGCACUAACUACAAACACACUGCAUUCACUAAACACACUGCAUUCAUUGUACACACUCUGCACUAACUACAAACACUACAUUCAUUGUACACAAUCUGCACUUACUCCACACUCUACAUUCAUUAUACACAAUCUGCACUCAUUACAAACACAUUACAUUCACUAUACACACUGCACUCACUAUACACACUCUGCAUUCACUACACACACUGCACACACUACAUUCAGUACACACUCUGCACUCACUACACACGUACUACAUACUCUGCACUCACUACAUUCACUACACACACUACAUGCAUUAUACACGGUUUGCACUCACUACAAACUCAGUACAUUUAUUAUACACACUCUGCACUCACUACAAACACACUACAUUCAUUAUACAUGCUCUACAAACACAUUAAAUUCAUUAUACACACCCUGCCCUGCAUUAUAUGCAUAGGAGUGUACAUUUAAAAAAAAAAAAAAAAAAUUUUAUGGGAGGAGCAAGAAUCUUGGGUGAUCCGGUAGUCUGGUGGAGGGAGCCAGCUGCUUCACAUGGGGGCCCAGCACACCCAGUUCUAACUCUCGCGAGACUCGUCUGCAUGCAGGUCUCGCGAAUGUGAGCUGCAGCUGGAGAGGGAACACAGAGUGUGCUGGGCCCCUGUGUGCUGGUAGCAGGGCAGGUCCUGCAGGACUACUAGUGGGAACGGCGCUUCUGCUUUGGAAAAAGUGCAGGAACGCCGUUCCCAUGCGUUCCUGCAGGACUCGAGCCCUGGUUGUUUUGGUGUGUAUAGUUUGUCCCUGCAGGCAUUUUAAAGUAAACGUUUGCAUUACUGCCUAGAAACACCUCUGGUGGCAGUCACUCAGAUAGCCAAUAGAGUUGCUUCCUGUGUCAGUCCUACGCAGUGUGCAGCACUGAAGUUUAACAUCUACACUAGGCAUGUGCAUGGGGGAAAUUUUUGGUUCAGUUCGGCAUUCCGAAAUUCGGCAACUUCAGAAUGUCAGGACUUCGGCACUUCUCUUGCAGCUGCUUCGUAGAUAACUCCCUAAUUUCCACGUUAUUAGGGAGUUAUCUACCAAAAGGCUGAAAGACCUAAAUUGGUCUUUCAGCCAAAUUUAUUAAUACUAAGUAAAAAUGACUUAGUAAUAGUAAAUUUUGCCCCUACUUGCUAUCCCGCGAGUAGGGGCAUGUCUAUUAAACUGUAAAAAAAAAAAAAAAGUCCCCUUAAACUAAAGGGGAGACCUAUUGCCC